AUGAAGCCACGGCUAUUCCAGUCCAGAGUCGAUACGCCCACUCGGUACCGUUCGCUGGACACGUUGACAGCUGCGAAGGCUGAAUCUGAUCAGCAGCUGCCGGCGCCAAGGCCGCUGACGAAACGCUUGCUGGCGAGCGCUUAUGGAGAUGACAAUACUGAGAAAAAGACUAUGUGUCGCAGACAGAGUACAUACACUUUAUCGUCGACUCCUGGGAGCAGUAUUAGGAGACGCAACAAAACAUCAAGUCCAAUACAAUCCAUACACAACCCGCUGCUAGAAACUUUGAUAGAAGCUGAGAAGGAGGCUGAGGAACUAAGAAACAAGAUAGCAUACAUCAGAAAGGAGUUUGUUGAAGAGAAGAACGAUUCUUCCAUGUCCUCGCUAGCUUUGGACGUCUCCAAAAUAUCUGUCUUGAAGGCAGAGCCACCCAAAGCCCAGUUUGCGUCCAGUCCAAACCUGUCCGGCUUGGGAACAGUUCAGGAGGACUUCCCCAAGAGCCGUCUCAAGAGGUUCGAGAGUGCCUCCACCUCGCACUUGGGGCCGAAGUCGCUGAACCCCAACGAGAAACCCUCGCGGCUGAAGAGGAUAUCGCCUAAUAUCUUCAAGAUGCGGAAAGACGCGCCACCUAAGGUUGAUAAGCUGAAGCCGGAUAGUAAGAGCAGCAAAUUGAACAACUUGUUCAGACCAAAAAUAGUGACUCCAGUACAUUCAAAAUUGAACGAAGCAAGUCCCAACAGUGCCUCUAAGAAAAAGUUCAGUCACGUGAAGUCGACUAUACCUAGACCAACGCCCGUUAAAAAGGACUAACUUUAACUAGAAAAUUGACUUUUGUUUUGAAUCUAACCUUGAUACUUUUUUAAUUUAUGAAAAUAAACACGACUACGAAAGACUGUC